CUGACCAGGUUUUGCAAGCAUGGACUCCCCUGAUUGGACCCGCAUUCUGCACCCCGCAGACAAUUUAUCCACGCGGGCAAGGGUAAGCAAAGGCUUCUAGAAGAUUAAAAUCGAAUUGUUACACGGAGGCUGAUGCUCCGUUGGCCCGGAUGUGGGAUGGUAUCACGCAACCGCACUUCUCGUCCUCGGAGACGACAAUGGCGAUUCGGCAUGGUGGUGGUGGGUGUCCUGAAGGAAGGCAGUUAUUCGUAUGCAAGGACAACUACUGCAGGUCACGAAGGUCCUGGUGCCGAACAAGGCCUGCAUGGCUUAUCUUUUCUGAAUGCGAUUGCGGACUGUUACUCGACUACUGUUAGCUGGCCGGCAUAGCCAUAGCGCGUCGUCGUACUUAGCGAUUACCUAUUGCAAUUUAGGGUAGCUUCUGUGAGCCUUCAACAUACUGAUG